AUGACGGCAGCGACGCGGUUGCUGAAGAAACUAAGGCGGCACGAAGGGGACCCCUGUCUGUACAUCUAUCCCUUCAGCAUCCCCUGCCUCGCUGUCCACUUCACGAUUGUGCUUGCGCUGCGGGGGAAGCUCCGGCCCAGCCGCGAAUUAUCCCAUCUGGGCUACCACCUCGUGAACAUCGAGAAACACGACAACCUGCGCGAGUGGUAUCUCGUCGAGGUGAAUGCAUUAGGUCGAGUGCCAACUCUAACUGGCAAAUCGCUCCCGUCGCCAUUGACGGACGCCCUGUCGAUCGUCUACUGGGUUUGCGACCAAUGCCCAAGCCUACUACCCAAGGAGCAUCAGACAGAGAUAUGUCGUCUCCUUUCUCAGCUGCACGAGACCAUCGACGGGUACGGUGCUGCCAACCCCGCGGUAGAAGAUUUUUUAACCAACCAUGACAUCACUGAUACCCACCGCGAGGCCCUGGAAUACAAGCGCGAUCGGCAAAUGAAGCAGCGGGAAAUAGUGGCAAUGAAUAUAUCAGCCGGCCACAGUAUGACUGGCAAUUCUGUUGCCUUUCUAAACGAGAUCGUGGCGUUGCGCAACAAGUAUAGCCGUGGCGGAACCUGGAUCUUCGGCGACAAGAUCGGUCCAACGGUACUGGAUGCCCAUGUUGUUCCCUUUGUCGCGCGUCUUCUCGACAUCAGCCUGGACGAGCUGGUUCCUCCUGAACUGCGCGUAUAUGCCAAAACCAUCCGGGAGCUGCCACAGGGCCAGGAGGCAAUGGGGAAGAGACCGACUGUGUGGGACCCGUCACUGGGGCCUAUUGACGAGAUCCGACUAUGA